GUGUGCGUCUCACCUGUGAAGAUGUCGGGGGAUGCGGUGGUCGGCCUCGCCGCUGUGACCGUGCUGGGCGUCCUGCAGCAAGCCUACUUCUCGCUGCAGGUGAUCUACGCCAGGAGGAAGUUUUCUGUGUCUCCUCCGGCCACCUCCGGACCUCCGCAGUUUGAUCGGAUCUUCAGAGCUCAGGCCAACUGUUCGGAGUACUUCCCGAUCUUCCUCUGCGUCCUGUGGACCUCCGGAGUCUUCUUCAGUCAAGGUGUGUCGUCAGUCUGCGGCCUGCUCUACCUGUACGGACGCCUGCGCUACUUUCGUGGAUAUUCUCAGUCGUCACAGCAACGGCUGGCUCCUCUGUAUUUCAGCGCCCGGGUUCUGUGGGUUCUGGUCGGGUCCUCGGUUCUCGGCGUGUUCCUCUCGUUCUGCAGAGUAUACUUGGAGCUGGACCUGCUGCACGUCCUCGGCUGAAUGUCCCUCAGGGGUCAACGGGGA